AUGCAAGGAAAUGCUGGUACCCAUUCACCUGUGUUUGAGAAGUACCAGGAAAAGGCUGAGAACUUUAUGUGUGCAUGUCUCGGAAAGGGUAACCAAAACAUCCACAAGAGUCCAGGAGGUCUCAUUUUCAGGCAGAGAUGGAACAAUAUGCAAUUUGUCACAAGUGCUUCAUUCCUUGCCACUGUCUACUCUGACUAUUUGGCCUCUGCUAGAAAAACCCUCAAGUGUUCAUCUGGCUCCGUAUCACCAACCGAGCUCCUGGCAUUUGCCAAGUCACAGGUUGACUACCUUCUUGGAGAUAAUCCAAGAGCCACAAGUUACAUGGUUGGAUAGGGAAACAAUUACCCGAGACAAGUUCACCACAGAGGUUCCUCCAUCGUCUCUGUGAAGGUUGAUCCUACUUUUGUUACUUGCCGUGGAGGUUAUGCUACCUGGUUUAGCAGAAGAGCGAACGAUCCCAAUCUUCUAACCGGAGCCAUUGUUGGCGGACCUGAUGCUUAUGACAAUUUUGCUGAUCAAAGAGAACUAUGAGCAAACUGAACCAGCUACCUAUAACAAUGCUCCCUUGAUUGGUGUGUUAGCAAGACUCCAUGGCGGUAAAAGUGAAUUUAAUCAGCUUC